UCCCCGGAGAAGCGAGCGAGCACACACACAGUCUUGUCUCCUCCUCCCUCGAGCUGUUCGUCUCGAGCUAGUGCUUGGCAUUGGUGCGAGUCGAGAGCGCUAAGGGGAGCUUCGGCGUUGCGGGAGAGUUCGUGGUGUGCGUGAUCAUGACGAACCAGGACGUGGUGGUUUCGGAGAUGGGCAUCACGGCCGGCGCGGCGCUCCCGGGGCCCGGUGGCCCCGCCGGCCUGUUCGCGUGCCGCAGCGCGGCCGCGGGGGCCAUGUCGAUGAGGCAGACGUACCUUGACCUCGCCGCCGCCGCCGCGGUGGCGCGCUCCGCGAGCUGCACCUGGGCCGAGACCAUGCGCGCCUCCUCGCCCACCCGCUCGUCCCGCUCCGCCGCGGACGUCGACGAGUUCACCGCCUGGGUGAGUAAGCACCCGUCGGCGCUUACCAAGUUCGAGGAGAUCGCCGGCAAGUCCAGGGGGAAGAAGAUCGUCAUGUUCAUGGACUACGACGGCACGCUCUCUCCCAUCGUGGCCGACCCCGACGCGGCCUACAUGAGCGACGCGAUGAGGGCGGCGGUUCGCGAAGUCGCCAAGAACUUCCCGACGGCGAUCGUGAGCGGGCGGUGCCGCGACAAGGUUCGUAACUUCGUCGGCCUCUCCGACCUCUACUACGCCGGCAGCCACGGCAUGGACAUCAAGGGACCAAGCUCCAACCCGGAAUCUGUCCUUUGCCAGCCAGCAAGCGAGUUCCUCCCCAUGAUCAACGAGGUGUACAAGAUUCUGGUAGAAAAGACGAAAUCUACGCCUGGAGCCAAGGUGGAGAACAACAAGUUCUGCCUGUCCGUCCACUUCAGAUGUGUAGAUGAAAAGAGAUGGAAUGCUUUGGGGGAGCAAGUUAAGGCCGUUAUGAAGGAAUAUCCCAAGUUGAAGCUUACUUAUGGAAGAAAGGUUCUGGAGAUCAGGCCGAGCAUUAAGUGGGACAAGGGCCAGGCUUUGGAGUUCUUGCUUGAAUCGCUGGGAUUCGCCAACUGCAGCGACGUCCUGCCGGUGUACAUCGGCGACGACCGCACCGACGAGGACGCUUUCAAGGUGUUGAAAAAGAGAGGCCAGGGCAUAGGGAUCCUUGUCUCCAAGUGCCCCAAGGAGACCAACGCCUCCUACUCUCUCCAGGACCCAACCGAGGUGAUGGAGUUCUUGCUCCGGCUGGUCGAGUGGAAGCGGAAGUCGUCGUCGUCGUUGAUGAUUCGGCCGAGAGUGUAGCGGCGACAUGGUAGAGGAAGAGAAACUGAAACGGGACGCACGCCGGCCGGCCGGCCGGUGUGCCCAAUCAUGCGAACAUACAUACCCCCACCACGCCACGUACUACCCCCAUUUUUCUCCGAUGAUUUCUGUGGUGGCCUCUGCGACGGACCCGAUCGUGUGGUGGUUACACGCUGUUCGACUCCGUCCCCUGUGCCACCGAGGAAAAGGAGGCCACACAGCCAAAAAAAAAAAAA